AGGAGCGCGGCCUGCGCGCCCGGGAGCAGGAGCUGUCCCCGGAGGUGCUGCGGGGCGCCGCGGAGGGCACGCGGAGCCUCGCCGCGACCUCCUCGCUGGAGGGCGCCAGGGUCAUCGUCUGGAGGGCGGCGGCGGGACCCUCAGUCGGACGGGGCACGGGCGAGGGUAAACUCGAUCCCGAGGGGUUCGGAGCGCUCUCGGAGCGGCUUCGGACCGCUCUGCGAAGGCCGCGGCGCCGGAGACGUCCGUUCCAGAGCCGCCGGAUCUCAGAGAUUCUCGAUUUCUCCUCGCCUGAGUUUAUCCUGGUCCUGGCUUCGUCUUACCCAAGUGGCAACGAUCAGGGGGGGAUACAUCUGGUGAGGAGAAGGUACCGAAACCGCCACCGGUGCCUCGUCUGCGCCUCUUCGGACCUCCUGUGAGGCCCUCGUUGCCACCGCCAGGUUCGCCUGGAAAGUCCUAGUCAGCACGCCCCCCAGGAGGUCCGGUGAGUAGCGGUAUGGGGACCUGUCGGUCUCUUCAUCAGGGGCAACGGUCAGGGGGGGAUACAGCGAUGCCGUGCAUCAGGAUGGCGUUGUUUUGUUCCUGGGCGGUAGCGGGCG